AUGUCCCAGAAGGCUGCUGAGAGAAAUUCAACAUCAGGUUCAACAUCCAAUAAUGCUGACCUGAGUUGGAAGAUUGAUGAUAUGGCCGAGAGCUCUAGUACCAUCAACAUGCCGAUUUCGAAUACUGUCGACCCCUCUUCGUGGGACGAACAACAUACAAUUUCCAAAUACAGCAAUUUCAAAGGUUCUGGUGAAUCAAUCGAUGCCCUCGAGGCUAUGAAGGAAGUCUUGGAAAUAAUUUUGCAGAAUGAUAUUCAAGGUCCACAAUUAUUUCGCCUUAAUAGCGAAUUUAGCUUGGAACUUGGAAAAGGCACUCAAUUCAGAGUAACAGGUGCAUCAAAAGAAUUUCGAUCAAAGCUCAAGCGUGCUCGGAAGCUCGAUAAUGUAGAGCUCUCUCAAGAAAAAGCCAUUCUUUGGGAUACGCUAGAUACACUGGCCAACUCUGUUGUAAAGCGAGCACUAUGGACUCCAGAUCUGACCAAUCGUCGAUUUCUUUCUGAAGCUCAUGGUGAAAAUCUUUCAAAACAGGAUAUGGCGAGAGAACUGGAGAGCCAGCUUCGUUCGGCUAAAAAAGAAAUUGAUAAGCUUUGCAAUAAAUCAUAUAGAGAGCAUCCUAACAUAGUUCGAUUGUGGGGAUGGGGACUCUGCUUGGAUACCUUUGAAGCUAACACGACUCUUAAUACGCGAAUACCUUUGCUUGUAAUGGAGAAGGCCACCUGUGAUCUCGCAGACUUCUUGGCGAGCUCAAACUAUGCUAAGAUAUCAUUCGAAAGUCUCAGUAAGAUUUGUAGCGAUAUAGGAACUGGACUGGGAGCUCUACACGCUGGCAAUGUCACUCACGGAGACAUGAAGCCCGAAAAUGUUCUGUUGUUUGUUAAUGACUCAUUGAUACAAUCAGAAGUGGCCUGGACAGCAAAGUUAUGCGACUUUGGCAAUGCCGAGUCAAAAUCAUGGCAAAGAUCAACCGUCAUUGAUAGUCUUGAUGCAUCGCGGAUGUACUCCCCAAAGACAAAAGCAUCCGAGCAUUUUGCAUACGCAGGAACCCCAGGCUGGAUUCCUCCAGAAGCAUACCCCGAGAAAGGUUCCUUCAAGACCUUUGAUUUUGAAAACUUGAAGCGUUGCGAUAUCUAUGUCUAUGGACUUAUUUUGUGGCGCAUGUUUCAAAAUGACAAUGAACGAGGCGAUUACGAUAACGGAAGUAAGAAGCGCAAACCGAAUCGCAGACACUUGGUUGACGGAGAAAAGAUAACCCAGUAUCUACCUCCAUAUGAUCUGGCAUACAAGGAUGCAGCCAAAGCCAUCAAAAAAGCAACGGAUGUCGGGAAAAUACCUACAUCGAACGACAUGUGGCGGAUGCUCCGGGUUGUUAGGGCAGCGCUGCAGCCGAUACCUAGAUACCGAGACUCCCGUCCCUGGAAGUUUUUCGACACGAUAUACUAUUCGAGCAUUCGAUCCUUCCAGGAAAAUCCAAUGCGAGAUGAAGUUAGAAGUGAGACAUACGAAAUAUUUUACAGAAAUGUUAGGCACAAUCGUGAUAUAGUCUCUGAUUUGAGUCUCAGAACAUCACGUCGGCUGUGGGAGACACGUUUCUUCUCGGAUUUGCCAGGUCCAAUUCUAUCGAUUUACACCUAUAUCAGACUGAGACUUCCAUCUUCAAUCGAAAAGCCGCCACGCCAGAAAGCUUUCGAAAACUUGUACGCCGUCGCCUCAUCCAAGCUUUCACUCAAUUGGAGCUUAGGAGACAUUUCACAAUUGGAUCAUGCAGGAGCAAGUUGCUACUCUUUCGCAGAGCUAUCCUUAGAACUUGAGCAUAUGUCUGGAUGGUGGGAUACUAGAAAUUUUGGUUCAGAAGAUUCCCAUAAACUUUACGCGCUCGCUCGACUGCGUAGUAGAUUCAAGGACUGCUGUUGGCAAAGCUGGACCACAAGUUCUGGGGAUUUCAAUACAGUAGCGCGACUUUUAUGCUUUACAAAACCUACAGUGGUUAACCCCAGACUUGGAAUACGUCACUAUUCAAGCUGGUUAGGAUCUUCUAUCAGAAAUGAUUUUUCUGCCCUUGCAUGGCUGUGUAGGGGGGAGGUCGGUGAGCGGGAAUUGAGAGAGAUAGCCAACUCAGAAGUCUAUUCAUCCCGUCUUUGGCUGUAG